UGUCCCUCACGAUACAUACAUUAUAUGCAUACAUACACACGUAUAUACAGCAUACUCCGCCAUAUUCCGCCGCACUAACUACCAAACAUUACUCUCUCCUCCGCCGGCGCCGUCGCGACUUUCUCGGCUAUGAGAAUUCUCCAGCCUCCGUCGAGCCGCACGGAGCCUCAUUGGAGCGGCUCGCGGCCAGCAAUCGGUCUUCUAGACGGCUGCUGCUUCAAUCUCUGCUCGAUUCUCUCGUCCUGUUUCUAUGUCUUCUGCUGUUGCUGGCUUCUAGAAGACUGCUUCGCCGGCCGGCGUACCUUUCCCGGCGCCGCGUAUGGGUCUCCGCCGCCUCCGCGGUCUGGGGUAAUGGCUGGGCAUGUUCAUGUGGGCCAUGAUUUUGGGCCGGGCCCAAUUGGAUACCAAGGUGGGCCUCCGCCACCGCCUCCACCCAGGCAUGGGCUUCUGGGCCCUACUUUCGGCCCAUCAAGCGUGCCGGGCCCAGCUGGUUACCAAGGGGAACCUUCUCCUUUCUGAUUAUGUGCACUGUAGAUUUGCUGGUUUGUGAUUUCUGAGGACAAUUUUGUCAAUUUCCUUCUAUGGUAUGGAAUGGAUUAGAAUCAUUACACAGUCAAAACAAGUCAGCAAUGCAUGGAAAUGAGUCAGCACCGAGUCAUCUCCUUUCCCUACUCGGCUUCUGCCCACGUGUCGACUCACUAUUGGACCUCACUUUUAUCCAUUUAUUCUAGAAUCCUUGACAGAAGAUAGAUAAUAAACUCUACUGACUCUA